UUGGACGCUCCAAGUGGCCACCAUCAGUUAUCAGUUCCGAGACACCCACGGGCCUAAGCUAAGUCUAAGCAGCAGCAGAAAUAAAUAAAAACCACAAAAACAACUCAAGCUACCAAAAUUCAAAUCGUCAAGAGCUUACAAAACAAAAUCAAAAGAUCCUCGCAAGAGUUUCAGUGAAUAGAAAUAAAACGGAAAUAAAAAUCAAAGAAAAACCAGGAGCAGAAGGAGAAAAAAUAGGGAAAGCAAGUUUUUAAUUGUCUAGUGGAAGAUCGUUGCCCGAUGGGGCAGAGCAGCAAGUCUGGAGGCUCGGGAGGCGGUGGUGGCGUGGUCUGCCCCUCGACGGCCAUCAGUAUCGGUGGCUGUGCCUCUGGCACGGCCCUAAUUUCGCUAGAUGCAUCUGGACCUGGUGGCGGUGGAGCCGGCGAUGGCGAACCGGAGCGAGGAACUUGGACGGGUCGAUUCGAUUUCCUGCUCUCCCUGCUGGGCUAUUCCGUGGGUCUCGGAAACGUGUGGCGCUUUCCAUAUCUGUGCUACAAUAAUGGCGGAGGAGCUUUCCUUAUACCCUUUACCAUCAUGUUAGUGAUUGCUGGAUUACCGCUCAUGUUUAUGGAACUAUCGUUUGGCCAAUACGCUGCCUUGGGCCCGGUGGCCGUCUACCGAAGGUUCUGUCCCCUAUUCCGGGGCCUGGGCACUGGCAUGAUCCUCGUCUCGGCCAUAGUCAUGCUCUACUACAACCUGAUCAUCGCCUGGACCAUCUUCUACAUGUUUGCCUCAUUUGGCACCAAGUUGCCGUGGCAGAAUUGCGAACCAGCAUGGAGUACCAAAUAUUGCUUCUCCUAUGCCCAGGCGGAUCAGUGUGAGGCCACCAAUGGCACCUAUUACCUGCGCACCUGCCACAAUGCCACAUCCGCCUUGGAGAACAACAUCACAGCCCUAGCCCUCACUGCCCUGAAGCGUCCACCAGCCGAGGAGUACUUCAACAACUUCGUUCUGGGCCUGUCCAAGGGCAUCGAGGAAACAGGCAGCAUUAAGUUGUCAUUGGCCGCCUGCCUCUUCCUGGCCUGGGCCAUUGUCUUCCUCUGCCUGUGCAAGGGCGUUCAGUCCUCCGGCAAAGUGGUCUACUUCACGGCACUGUUUCCCUACGUUGUCCUGGUCAUCCUCUUCGUUCGGGGCGUCACAUUGCCUGGUGCCAGCACUGGAAUUCUCUUCUACCUCACGCCGGACUGGAAGCAGUUGGCCAAUGCUCAGGUUUGGGGUGACGCUGCAGUCCAGAUAUUCUUCGCCUUGAGCCCAGCCUGGGGAGGUCUAAUCACGCUCUCCUCCUACAACAAGUUCUCCAACAACUGCUACAAGGACUCGCUGAUUGUGGCCUUUUGCAAUAUCGCCACCUCAUUCUUUGCCGGCCUGGUGAUCUUCUCCAUCAUUGGAUUCCUGGCCCAUGAACUCAACGUGGAUGUUGAGAAAGUGGUGGAUCAGGGAGCUGGUUUGGCCUUCAUUGUUUACCCCGAAGUGGUCACCCGACUGCCCAUCUCGCCAGUUUGGGCUGUUUUGUUCUUUGUGAUGCUACUGACCCUGGGUCUGGACUCACAAUUCGCUCUGAUGGAGACCGUGACUACUGCCAUUUUGGACAGGUUCCCCAACCUGAGGCAGUACAAGAUCUGGGUGGUGCUGUCCGUGGCCAUUUUUGGAUACAUUGGAGGACUUGGCUUCACCACUAAUAGCGGCAUGUACUGGCUUCAGUUGAUGGACAAGUACGCAGCCAAUUGGUCAGUCCUACUGAUUGCCAUUUCGGAGUGCAUCCUGAUUGCCUGGAUCUAUGGCUCACAGCGAUUCCUCAACGACAUCCAGGGAAUGAUUGGCAAACGAUCCUGGUUCUGGAACUUCUUCUGGGGCAUCAUGUGGCGCUACAUUACCCCAGCUACCCUGUUGUUUAUCCUGUUCUUCAACUGGGUGGAAUACAAACCAGCAAAAUACGGGCACUAUGUGUAUCCUUUAUGGGCCGACACUGUGGGAUGGAUCAUUGGCUUGCUGCCUGUUUUGGUCAUCUUCCUGGUGGCCUUCCAAGAGAUCUGGAAGGCACCAAAGCAGCUAAGCUUCCGGGAGCGCAUCAAGCUCCUGCUUCAGCCCACCGCCGAAUGGGGACCUGCGGGCAGACCCUGUGUGAACCUCCACGCAGAGCGAUACCAGAGCCAGAACUACGAUGGAGUCACCAACACCCAAAUUCUCAUUGAAAAGGAGCCUACCUCCCCAAAACAAAAGGAGGCUGCCAAGAAGCCAAAGCCAUUGACCCUGGAUGUGGAUGUGGAUGUUGAGUGUCUGCCCUUGGCAACGGUGAACAAGCGGCCAGGACCUGGCAUUACGAAAACUAUGGGCAAACCGAGUGGGGAUUUGAAGAAUCAACAAGCGGCGGCCAAAAACGGAACUCACAAGUCGCCAACCACCGAAAUCAGUCCCAGCAAACAGCCUCUCAUACCGGUCGAAAAGGCGGAGACGGAAAAAUCAGCUGCCAAAAAGGAUGGGGUGGCCACCACAAAAGUCCUCGCCGCAGGAACCUUGAGCAGUGGCCGUGAAUGUACCACAAUGUCGACUUUUGCGGGCGGUGGGGAAAAGCACUCAACCACAGUCAAUUUGGCGGCAACAACUAAGCCAACGCCAGCAGCAAGUGUUGCAUGUCCUGCGACAGUGGCUGCAACAACUGCUACACCUUCUAUCCAGUUGAAGGCAUUGCCACCGGGACAAUUAGUGACAGCCCCGUCGGGAGGAACCGUCACCACAAGUGUAAAGGUCACGUUUUCAAAUGGGGCGAAUGUGAAAACCACGCCAGCAGCAACUGUUGCUUUGGGAUCAGCCAACGGCAAGGCUACACCUGCAUCAACAGUCCCUAAUGGAAGUUCAGGUGCUAAAUCGAAAGCAGCAACAGUUGCCAGUGGACCCACUGCAUCCAAGGCAGCGCCAGCAGCAAUAGUUGCUAGUGGAUCCUUGAAUACCAAAGCAACUCCAGCAGCAACAGUUGCCAGUAGUUCGUCAAACAGCAAGGCAACACCAACAGCAACUAAUACAGGAGGGGUGCCUUCCUCUAAAGGUACUAUGCCUACAGCAACAGUUGCUAGUGGAUCCUUGAAUACCAAAACAACUCCAACAGCAACAGUUGCUACUUUAAACGAAAAAACACAGCUUUCAGCUCUAGGUAAAGCAUCAGAGAAAUCAGCUUCAAUUAAACCGACAAUAGCUGGCACUGCAACAGCAACUGCAGUUAAACCGACUUAUAGUAUAGCAGGCACAAAGGACAAGAGUGCUGCAAAUAUUGCGGCCGCGGUGGCUCCGGUAAAGUCAACAGCAACCACAGCGCCGGCAUCAUCAGUGACUGCAUCAAAAGUAAACAUUGAUUCUGGCACAAAGCCAGCAGCUCCUCUAUCAACAUUUAAGCCAGAAGCCAAGCCAACAGCAACCACAUCCAGCAAUAAGGGCAACACACCGGCUAUAAAUACAAAAGCCGGAAAAACAAAAAGCAAGGAUACAAGUCCAACAAAGGCGGCGGCCAAACCCAUAAAAACCGGGGCAACCAGCCCCACAAAAGGAGCUACAAAUAUUAAGUCAAUGCCAGCCACCGGCAACAAGUCAGCAGCAACAACAUCACCGGCAACAGGCAGCAAGAAGGCAGCAACAUCAUCAGCAACAGCAGCAACCACCGGCAAGAACACAGCAACAACAUCGGGCAGCCAGGCCAAAACGAAAGCCAAUUCAUCAGCAACUGCAACUAAAAAGUAAGAAUCUCUAUUCAAAAAUCCAGAUUAAGGUAAAAAAAAAGUGGUUGAGCCUGUAGUUCCCGAUAUCGAACACUAUUUUUAUAAGUAUAUAUAACGUAUAUAAAUGUGUAAGUGUGUGUUUCUAUCGAGCUAGGACAGCAAAAGCUGUUGCCAACAAAAAAAAAAAACUAAACAAACCUGUUAAGCUGUAAAUUCGUAGUCUAAUUAGGAGACUAUUUAUGCAAAAGAAACAAAAUAUAUUAUUUUUAAACUUAUCAUUUGGAUUGGCAAAGGCGACAAAGUGGCGAAGAGAAGAAUGAACCUUCAUGUUUCCUAUACAAAAGUACCUAUUUAUCGAACAUCAGUGUGGGGAUAGCUGUUCCCCAAAACCUAAUUUCGUAUGGAUGGACAAAGGGAAGGACGAAAGACUCGAUCGUAAUUACCGAACAAGUUAACGUAGACUUUAGAACAGGAUCCUGUUGUUGUUGUUUAUUUGAUUAAAGUGAAUCAUUUUGUGUGUACUGUCCACCACGGAUCGUAGUAGUGACCCAAGUAAUUCGAGAGCAAUGUUGAAAGUGCAAUGGAAACGUUCAGUUUUAAAAUAUAUAUAUAUAAAUUUAUAUAAAAAUAUACAAGGAUUAUAACUAAUCUAUUUAUACAAAUGAGAGAUGUCAUUUGAUUGGUUUUUUUCUACAGUAUAUAUAUUUUUAAGAAUAUUUUGGAAAGAAAACAGAGCCUAACGUCGAUGGGAUUUUACAUUUGUUUAUAAUGCGUAGGAGUUGUAUACAGAACAGACAUCACCC